AUGGUUUCCGCACUUGAUUUGAAAGCAUUAAACAUUUUUCUCAGUGGUCCAAUCACUCACGAUAUGAUCCACAAGUUGGUUGUCGCUACUUUACAAGUUAUUCCAUGCAAGGAUACCAAGUCUCAAACUUACACCACCACCAACAACACCGUGAAACAAUUACCUUCAUUGAUGACAUUUCUCACCAAAUUGGUCAAGUACACCAAUGUAUACACGGGAACUUUGAUGGCUACAUUGAUCUACUUGCAGAAAUUGAAAACCAAAUUGCCUAAAAACGCACAAGGCUUGCCCUGCACUAGACACAGAAUCUUGUUGAGCUGUUUGAUCUUGUCGAGUAAAUUCCACAAUGACUCGAGUCCAAAGAACAAACACUGGGCCAAGUAUACCGAUGGUUUGUUCAAUGUCAAAGACAUCAACCUUAUGGAAAGACAGUUGAUCUAUUUAUUGAAUUGGGAUUUGAAGGUUACUAAUGAAGAGAUGGUUGAAGUUUUGGGAUCCUUCUUGGACCCAAUCAGAGCACAAAUUGUCAAGCUGGAGAAGAUCAAAUUGUGGAAACAACAACAAGCACAAGCACAACAACUCUAUGCCACCGCCACUGCUACUGCCACUGCUGUUUCUGCUACUGCACUUUCCACCACUCCAGCUUCGGCAUAUCUCACUACCCCAUCCCCAUCCAGAUCAAUUUCGGGCAGUCCAUCAAACUCAAACUCAAGCACAAACACAAGCUCGUCUUCAGCUUCAUUAUACCAUCAAUUACACUACAGACAAGACUCACAAAGCUCAAUUUCAUCAAUCAGCUCAUCAAAAUCAUCCAAUUCACUCUACUCAGCUAGAUCAAACUCAACGUCAGCUUCGUGCUCAGUAUCGCCAUUGCCACCAACUAGCGCGGCAACUUCAGCUGCUACUGUGGAGAAAAAGCAGCAAUACCUACAAUCCAACAAUCAGUACAUGGUUGACCCACUUAUUGAAUUUGCUGCAAUGAAGGAAGAAAUUGAGUUGAACAACUUGUUGAAGAAACUCAACAAAUCAACCAUUUAA